UCCUUCUGUCAUGUACAGCAUGUGUGUGUGUGUGUGUGUGUGUGUGUGUGUGUGUCACACACGGAGAGAGAUCUGAAUAGAUUACUUACAAAUACCAUUAGAUAACUUUCGACCAAAUUUGUUUGUACCAUAUUGAUAUAAAAAUACAAAGAGUAAUAAAAUAUAUUCCAUUUGUUGGAAUGAACAACAGUAAGUGCAUUAAACAUUAUAUUACAAGGAAGUGAAGUGGUUUGUGAAUCUAAUGAAAAGCUAAUAAUUAAUUUAAUCUCAAAAAUGUAAAAUGAAGAUAAACCUCUUUAAAAUAACAUCAUUCAAAAUAAGACAAUUACUAAAAAAAAAAAUAUAUAUUUGUUUACCUGCAUGUCAUGUGAGUCUUAACUAACAGAGAACUGUGAAUAUGCAAAUGUGAUGCUUAAUAAUUCAAUUAUUAUUAUUUAUUUAUUUAAAUCUCAGGGGUACUUAAAGUCAAAAUAUUGGGUGAAAGAGGUUCGGAGGACAAAAAAAGUUUGGGAAUGUCUUCAUUAAAACUAAUAAUAAAUCAUGUGAAUUAGUGCAUCAUAGGAGGGUGACAUCAUCUGGUCGAUGACGUUUUAGAAACGAACAUUUAAAAGAUGAAAAAAGAGAAAUUAGGAAGAAUCAAUUAUUUAUUCAUAAUUUAUUGCUAUUGUGUGAAUAAUAAUAUAUAAUCAUUAAAUCAAUAAGGAAAGUAAUUUUAGUCUGUUUACAGGUAUUUUAGUAUACAUCAUAUGUACACAUAAAUAUAAUAUUCAGAUUGACCAAUCAGAAUUAAGUAUUUGAUGCUGUAUAAACAGGAACAUUUGGAUUAAUUUUUGAAUCUGAUCAUUUAACCCUCCUGCUGUGUUAAAAUGGCUUUUGUUUUGCUGAUAAAAUAAACCUCCAUUGGAUUCCAUGCAAAAAUAAAAAUAAAUCACCAACAGCUCUCAGAGACGAUGAGAGAUUAAUUUUCUAGUAUGUGGUAUAUCUAACUGAUAAGUCUGAACCACAUUGAUCGAUCUGAUCAGCUCCUCAGGUCUGUGCAGUGAAUUGACUGAGUGUUUUCUCCAGCAGACUUGUGACAGACCGGAGCACAUGACCGAAUGACCACCAGCAGCUGAGAGAAAACUACUAUCUUGAACGAUGAAUUACGUUUGUCAGUAAAGGACGAGGAAGACAAACACCAUGUCGUCUAAAUCGUCUCUUCUUAAAGUCAUUCUCCUGGGCGACGGUGGAGUGGGAAAGAGCUCGCUCAUGAACCGAUACGUCACUAACAAGUUCGACGCCCAUCUCUUUCACACCAUCGGCGUGGAGUUCCUCAGUAAAGACCUGGAGGUGGACGGCCACUUGGUCACGCUGCAGAUCUGGGACACGGCGGGUCAGGAGCGAUUCCGGAGCCUGCGGACGCCCUUCUACCGCGGCUCCGACUGCUGCCUGCUCACCUUCAGCGUGGACGACAGCCAGAGCUUCCACAACCUCAACAACUGGAGGAAGGAGUUCAUCUACUACGCCGACGUCAAGGAGCCCGACAGCUUCCCGUUCGUGCUUCUGGGGAACAAGGUGGACGUGACGGAGAGGCAGGUGACCCGCGAGGAGGUGCAGGAGUGGUGCAGGGAAAGCGGAGGAUACCCGUACUUCGAAACCAGUGCUAAAGAUGCGACUAAUGUCACAGUUGCGUUCGAGGAAGCCAUCAGAAGAGUUCUGGCUUCGGAGGAGCGACACGAGCAUUUGAUUCCUACAGACACCGUUAACCUGCACAGAAAGCCUCGCAGCAACACACGGUGCUGUUAACAGACCAGAACCACCUCAAAUAGUUAAUUUAUGAUCCUUGAGCGUUAUAUUUGAACAUGCACUUACUCCUAAACACUGGGUUGCUUUCACUGGGUGUCUUUCUUGUAUCUGAACUGCCUGAAUUUGAACAAUUCUGUGCAUUCAGACGUCUUAUGUGUGUGUGUGUCUUAUGGGAUUUGAGCCGGGUUAAUGCAUAGACGGAUAUAAUUUUGUCUUGCAUGGCAGUUUAAUAGUGCAGAGCGUAUGCAAUAAAUGCACUGCAAAAAACAUGUUUUUUUUAUAAAAAAAAAAAAUAUCUAAACGUCCUUAAAACGAUAUGAUUUUAUUUGAGAAGUGCAGCUGUGUAAGAAAAUAGCACUUAUUUUCCCCUGACAUAUUUUUUAUUUAUUUUUCAUACCUCAUCUGCAAAUCAUUUUGUUUUAUUUUUAGUCAAAAUAAAAAAAAUGAAUGCAUUAUGUGGAAACGGGUCUAUCACAUGCUGUUUGAGUCUUACUGUAAGUAAAUGCAUUAUGUUUUAAGGAUGUUUAGAUGUUUUUACUGGAAAACAUGACAAAUGCUGAUUUUUGUCACUGUGUUGUGUGUGUGUGUGUGUGUGUGUGUGUGUGUAAUUUUAUUUUCCUGUAACUGUGAUUAAUUUCUAAUGUAUGUUAAAAUAAUUAUGUAGAGAGUGCCAAAUAUAUACACUGUACUGUAUUAAAAAUAUGAUUGAGGUGAAGCGUUUAAGCACUAUUUUGAAAAGAAGCACUAAAGUCUAAAUAUUGUAGUUUGUUCAAUUAAAAUUAAAGAAGUAUUGAAUAAUAAAAUUGUUUAUUUGA